GUUGCCAGCCAGCUGUGUUGUUUCCCCUCCAAUCCGACCAAUUGACCGCUAACCUACACGACUUUACCAUCACCCUCAUCGCCGAAUUUCCGCCUCGUCCUUCUCAAAACAGACAUAAUGCAAGGUCUUCUCCUCUCUCUUGGCCUCCUGGCCUCCAGCGCUGUCAGCUUCGUUGCUGCCGCCGACGACCUCAAGAUCGACGUUACUCAGGAGGUUGAGUGCGACCGCAAGACCAAGAAUGGCGACAAGCUCACCAUGCACUACCGCGGUACUCUGCAGGCCGACGGCAAGCAAUUCGAUGCCAGCUACGACCGUGGAACCCCCUUCAGCUUCAAGAUUGGCAGCGGCCAGGUCAUCAAGGGAUGGGAGCAAGGACUUUUGGACAUGUGCAUUGGCGAGAGGCGAACCCUGACCAUCCCUCCUGAACUUGGAUACGGACCCCGCGGCAUGGGCCCCAUUCCCGGCGGCUCGACUCUUGUCUUCGAGACCGAGCUCGUCGGCAUUGAUGGUGUCCCCAAGCCUGAGAAGAUCAUCGUCAAGGCCUCCUCGGCUGCCAGCGAAGCUGUUGAGUCCGCUACCGAGGGCAUUGCCGAGAAGGUCGCCAGCAAGGUCGCUGAGGCGGCUGACGUCGUCAAGACCAUUGUUGCCGACUCUGACGCCGACGGCCAGGAGCACAACGAGCUUUAAACAGGCCCCUCCCCGACAUGAUUCUAUACGAGUAGACUUGCAUCCGGUAGAGAAAAGGCGAUGAAGGUUUGAAUUGGUGUCUAUACGUGAAGCACUAUUUGCUAUGCAAACGCAUUCACUGGCGAAUUUGGAUUCGACGAGAUAUAUACGACGCGUCACGAAACUAUUAUGAAAUUAGGCGAGCAAUUGAAUGCCAAUCAGCAUC